AUGAGUCGACUAGUUUCUCACCAGGCAAGGGAGCAGAGCUUCAGCAAGAUGCUCGAUGGAACUACCUUGUCAGCUCUGCAACCUAAAUCCGGAACCAAUUCCGUCUCCAGUACUCCCAAUCGCUGUAGUACCAUCCCCUCCACUAUCUCAACCCCUUUCAAGCCUCGCAUGUCUCGGCGUGCCACUUCUGAUUUCCAAGGGAAUGGUUCACGAUCUCGCCCUGCUUCCAUUGCACCAUCAAGACACUCCUUUAUUGGAGACUUGGAUAUCAAUGAUCCUGCCAUGCUUGCCAAGUAUGCAUCUCGACGUGCAACUCUACUUGGGUGGUUUGAGGAGCCAGCCGAGAGAGCUGUCCUUAGUGGUGUGUCACUCACUGGACUUGCAAUUAAAGCAACGGAGGGUCAUGUCUUUCAGCCUUCUGAUGUCGACCCUCUUUUGCAAUUUGCUGUCUCAAAGCUUGAUGCAGAAGCGUUGAUCUCCAUCUCAUCCGAGACAUUGGUAAAUAUCAUCGGAGAUAUUCCCCCCGCACAACGCUCGCUUGUUUCUGAGUCAACUGGUGCCCGAAUUCCUGUUGUGCCCAACUUGGAGGCUGUUACUCCAGACUUGUGCCACUAUUCUCGUGCAUGCAUCGCACUAGAGGAGCGCAUUGUCUUGGUGUGGUCCCAAGACCCCAAGGCUAUCAUCCAUGUCGCCGAUCAUGUGCAACAGGAGAUCUAUGACAUGACACAAACACCUUCUGAAGAAGACUUUGAUCAACCCGGCCGUGCUCGAUCGACCGUUACACAACUCAGUUCCGAUACUGCACCUGUAGCGACUCCUGCUGUCGUUCGAGGUGGACUUGAUGAGAAGAAUAAGAUCUUCUCGCGUUCUAUCGCUCUUGAAGAGAAUGAGGAUGAGAACGACGAUGUCGAGAUGGCUGCCCCUGUUCGACCAAGGCUUAAGAUGCAUGCUUUCAAGGUCAGCUUUGCCAUUAUGUUGGUCAUCGUUACUCAGUCCCUGGGUGUCACCAAGCUCCUUAACGAAUACUAUUGGGACGGCGGCUUGGCUCGUUUUGGUCUCCUUGCCACCAUUCCACCUUUGACCCUCUUCUCCCUCUUUUUCUUCAUCGUACUUGUCACCAGUGUCUUCCAAUUGCUUCUGCCUGUCAGCGCCUGUCUCAAAAACUCCCGGUUCCACUCUGCCAUCAAGCCCAACCCCAAGCGUCAUCGCGACUAUGGACUGCCCCACAUCACCAUCCAAAUGCCUGUCUACAAGGAAGGUCUCAAGGGUGUCAUUGUUCCCAUAAUGAUCAGUGUUAUGGCUGCCAUUGAGUACUACGAGCAGCAGGGUGGCAGUGCCUCUGUGUUCAUCAACGAUGAUGGUAUGCAGAUCAUCCAACACGAUCUCGCUGAGGCUCGCAAGGUUUAUUACCGCGAGAACGGCAUCGGUUACACUGCCCGUCUUCCCAACUGCAAAGUUGCCAAGAAAGGCGGCUUUCUGUCGUGGUUUAAAAAGUCGGACAAGAAUGCUGGAAACAAUGCUGAGAAGGACGAGUCGGAGAUGUCGCCGCAAGAACUUUCCAACAAGAUUGGGUUCCUGCGAAAGGGCAAGUUCAAAAAGGCCAGUAACAUGAACUAUGGCCUUUCUUUCUCCAACCGUGUUGAGGAUGAACUGAUUCGCUUGACCCAAACCGAGUGUCCGCGGCGCGAAUGCAGCGAGGAUAAUCUAACUGUCGACGACGAUAACCUCAUCUACCAGCAAGCCUUGGCCAAUAUGCUGGCUGAAGACAACGGGCGAACCUAUGCACGAGAGCCCAGAGGAUCUGGUGUUAUGCAGGUUGUUCACAACACUUUCGAGAACGGCAUUACCUACUUCACCAACGUCGUCUAUACUGCCAUCAAAUAUGGUGUCGGCUCUGGUGACGUGUCUCCCUUCGUUGGUCACAAUGCCUUCCUCCGUUGGAAAGCCAUGCAAGACAUCGCCUUCGUCGAUCCUAGUGAUGGCCAGGAGAAGUGGUGGUCCGAUGCCCAUGUGUCUGAAGACUUUGACAUCAGUCUUCGUGUCCAGAUGGCAGGAAGUAUCGUUCGCCUUGCAACCUACCACAAUGGCGGGUUCAAGGAGGGCGUCUCGCUCACACUAUACGACGAGUUGACUCGCUGGGAGAAAUAUGCUUAUGGCUGUAACGAACUUGUCUUCCAUCCUUUCUACCAAUGGCCUUACAAGGGUCCUGUCACAAGGUUAUUCCUUCGCUUCCUCUGGAGCAACAUGCCCAUCACCAGCAAGAUCACAAUCACAGCUUACAUCUUUACCUGUAUCUGGCUGUCGCUUGUCGUUGUCUUCAAUGGUCUUGGUUCGGUCGCUUUCAGUAUGGCUCGCCAUCAAUUGAAGGAAGAAGUCUUUUGGCGAGCGUUCCUCCAGUCCAUGAAGUGGCUCCCAUUCUUGGUCAUCUAUUUCGGCGGUAUUAGUCUCAACUGCGCAAAGGCCUUGCUUUGCCAUGCUUUUAGUAUCAAUAUCGAGUGGUCUUCCACUGCCAAGGAACCAGGACCUAGUGGAUUCUUCAUUGGUCUCGACAAGAUGAUUGAGAGCUUCAAGUACACCUGGAUCAUCUGCAUCGUUUUAUCAGUCAUGAUGAUCUACUUUGCUGUCGGUGCACCUUGGGGAUAUACUAUCACUCCUGGUCCUCACUCGACUGCUGUGGUAGCCAUCGUGCCUCUUGCCAUCCAGGUCUGUAGUGCUUUUUUCUUACCUCUCACUCUUGGGUUGAAUUAA